UUGAGAAAUGACAUGCCAAAAAAUCAACUAAUGGGCUCAAGUUUCAGAAAUCGAUUGGCCGAGAGAACAGGCCCAAAAAAAAUGGUGUCUCGAUUAAGUCGAAAAGACUUCAAAAUUAGUGCUGAACGUUACAAGAAGCGUAUUAUUGUGAGUUCUCUUGAUGGCUUAAAAUUAAAUUGCUUUAAUUUCCAGGUUUCUGGUGGAGCAGGGUUUGUGGGUUCGCAUUUAGUCGACAGGCUAAUGCAUCAGGGACAUUUCGUAACCGUCCUUGAUAACUUUUUCACUGGAGACAGGCAAAACAUUGAGCACUGGAAUGGACAUCCGCAUUUUGCUUUCAUCCAGCAUGAUGUUUCCAACCCGAUUUACUUAGAGGCUGAUGAGGUCUAUCAUUUGGCAUCGCCAGCAUCACCUCCAAACUACAUGACGAAUCCGAUUAAAACGCUGAAAGCUAAUCUUCUUGGGUCUAUCAAUCUUCUCGGAUUGGCACGUCGAGCCGGCGCGACGUUUCUUCUCGCUUCAUCUUCGGAAGUCUAUGGCGAUCCUACGAUGCACCCACAGUCAGAAACCUAUUGGGGAAACGUGAAUCCCACAGGCAUCCGCUCUUGCUACGAUGAGGGUAAGAGGGCCGCGGAAUCCCUUGCCUAUGCCUACUUCCGAAGGGAGAAUGUGCCUGUUCGUGUGGCUCGCAUUUUUAACACCUAUGGUCCACGCAUGCAGUUCCACGACGGCCGAGUUGUCAGCAACUUCAUUCUGCAAGCCCUCUCUGGUCAGGAUAUUUGUCUUUAUGGCGAUGGCAGUUUUACACGCUCCUUUAUGUACGUGUCUGAUCUCGUUGAUGGUCUGAUCCGCCUCAUGAACUCAAAUAUCACAGAUCCUGUAAACUUGGGCAACCCACAUGAAUUCACCAUUCGGGAAUUGGCUAGCAUCGUUAAGAAUCUUACCGAAAGCUCUUCAAAGAUAGUCAACUGCCCAGAAGCUUUGGAUGACCCAAAGCGUAGGAAACCGAACAUAGCGAAAGCGAAGAACCUCUUGCAUUGGGAACCGAAAGUGCAACUCUGGGAAGGUCUUCGGCUAACCAUCAAGGCAUUUCGUGAGUCCCUCCACAACAACUCUAUUCUUCACCGUCCAGAACAGCCCCAUUUGCAUGGAAACCAGUUCAACUGA